CAGGGGGAUUAUGUCUGGAUGGACCUCAAGACGGGCCGGGAAUUUGACGUCCCCAUCGGAGCAGUGGUCAAAUUGUGCGAUUCCGGGCAGAUCCAGGUGGUAGACGAUGAAGAAAACGAGCACUGGAUAUCGCCGCAGAAUGCCAGUCAUAUCAAGCCUAUGCACCCGACGUCCAUCCACGGCGUGGAGGACAUGAUCCGCCUGGGAGACCUCAACGAAGCCGGCAUUCUCCGGAACCUGCUGAUUCGGUACCGGGAACACCUGAUCUAUACCUACACAGGCUCGAUCCUCGUGGCCGUGAACCCUUAUCAGCUGCUUCCGAUCUACUCGCCGGAGCAGAUCCGCCUGUACACGAACAAGAAGAUCGGAGAGAUGCCGCCCCACAUCUUUGCCAUCGCGGACAACUGCUACUUCAACAUGCAGCGGAACAACAAAGACCAGUGUUGCAUUAUCAGCGGAGAAUCGGGUGCGGGGAAGACAGAAAGCACCAAAUUGAUUCUGCAGUUCCUGGCGGCGAUCAGCGGGCAGCACUCUUGGAUCGAGCAGCAGGUUCUGGAAGCCAACCCGAUUCUAGAAGCUUUCGGGAAUGCGAAGACCAUUCGCAACGACAAUUCCAGCCGCUUCGGCAAAUACAUUGACAUCCACUUCAACAAGCGAGGUGCUAUCGAGGGAGCGAAGAUCGAGCAGUACUUGCUGGAGAAAUCUCGGGUUUGUCGACAGGCCCACGACGAGAGAAACUACCACAUCUUCUAUUGCAUGCUGAAAGGAAUGACACCUGAUCAGAAGAAGGUGCUGGGUCUCGGGAAGGCAGCGGACUAUAACUACCUCUCUAUGGGUAACUGCAUUACCUGCGACGGCAGAGACGAUAGCAAAGAGUACUCCAACAUCCGGGCGGCCAUGAAAGUCCUCAUGUUCACUGACACCGAGAACUGGGAGAUCUCCAAGCUCUUGGCCGCCAUCUUGCACAUGGGGAACUUGCGGUAUGAAGCUCGAAGCUAUGACAACCUGGAUGCCUGUGAAGUCCUUCACUCGACGUCUCUGAUCACUGCAGCUUCGUUACUGGAGGUGGAUCCUCAGGAUGUGAUGAACUGUCUCACCAGCAGGACAAUUAUCACGCGGGGGGAGACCGUCUCUACCCCCCUCAGCAUGGAGCAGGCUCUGGAUGUGAGGGACGCUUUUGUAAAGGGAAUCUACGGAAGGCUGUUUGUGUGGAUUGUGGAAAAGAUCAACGCGGCCAUUUACAGGCCUCCGUCCCACGAACACAAAAGCGUCAGGCGAUCCAUUGGGCUGCUGGAUAUCUUCGGCUUUGAGAACUUUGCCGUCAACAGUUUUGAGCAGCUCUGCAUCAACUUCGCCAAUGAGAACCUGCAGCAGUUCUUCGUCCGCCACGUCUUCAAGCUGGAGCAGGAGGAGUACAACCUGGAGAACAUCAACUGGCAGCACAUCGAGUUCACCGACAACCAAGACGCCCUGGACAUGAUCGCCAUCAAGCCCAUGAACAUCAUCUCCCUCAUCGACGAGGAGAGCAAAUUCCCCAAGGGAACAGAUACCACCAUGCUGAACAAGCUGAAUUCCCAGCACAAGCUCAACAGCAAUUACAUCCCGCCCAAAAACAACUACGACACCCAGUUUGGCAUCAACCACUUCGCUGGCAUCGUAUACUAUGAAACGAAUGGGUUCCUGGAGAAAAACAGGGACACGCUCCACGGGGACAUCAUCCAGCUGGUCCACUCUUCAAGAAACAAAUUCAUCAAGCAGAUCUUCCAAGCCGACGUAGCCAUGGGGGCCGAGACCAGGAAACGCUCCCCGACCCUCAGCAGUCAGUUCAAGCGCUCUCUGGAGUUGCUGAUGCGAACGCUCAGCGUCUGCCAGCCUUUCUUCGUCCGCUGCAUCAAACCCAACGAGUACAAGAAGCCGAUGUUGUUCGAUCGGGAGCUCUGCGUCCGUCAGCUGAGAUACUCGGGGAUGAUGGAGACCAUCCGAAUCCGCAGAGCCGGCUACCCCAUCCGCUACACUUUUGUAGAGUUUGUGGACAGGUACCGUGUUCUCAUGCCGGGGGUGAAGCCGGCGUAUAAACAGGGAGAUCUGCGUGGAACAUGCGAGCGCAUUGCAGAAGCUGUUUUGGGUAAGGAUGACGACUGGCAGAUUGGGAAGACGAAGAUUUUCCUGAAGGACCACCACGAUAUGCUACUGGAGAUAGAGCGGGACAAGGCCAUCACAGACAAAGUGAUCCUCAUCCAGAAAGUAGUCCGCGGAUUUAAGGACAGGUCCAAUUUCCUGAAAGUGAGGAAUGCAGUUUUGAUGAUUCAGCGAAACUGGAGGGGGCAUAAUUGUCGGCGAAAUUACGAUGCAAUGAGGAUCGGUUUCCUGCGGCUGCAAGCUCUCUACCGUUCCCGCAAGCUCCACAGGCAGUACUACAUGGCUCGCAAACGCAUCAUCGAGUUCCAAGCGAGAUGUCGGGGCUUCCUGGUGCGUCGGGCUUUCCGCCAUCGCCUCUGGGCCGUCUUCACCAUCCAGGCGUACGCCAGGGGCAUGAUCGCUCGCCGCCUCUUCAGACGCUUGAAGGGCGAGUAUCGCCGCCGUCUGGAAGCAGAAAAACUGCGGCUCAUGGAGGAGGAAAGGCUCAGGAAGGAGAUGAGCGCAAAGAAAGCCAAAGAGGAAGCCGAGAAGAAGCACCAAAUACGUCUGGCCCAGCUGGCUCGGGAAGAUGCCGAAAGGGAAGUAAAAGAAAAGGAAGAAGCUCGGCGCAAGAAGGAGCUUUUGGAGAAGAUGGAGAAGGCCCGAAACGAACCAGUGAACGACUCCGACAUGGUGGACAAGAUGUUUGGCUUCCUGGGAACGACGGCUUCUUUGCCUGGCCAAGAAGGACAAGCUCCCAAUGGAUUUGAGGAUCUCGAGAGGGUUCCAAAGGAGCUGGAGGAAGAUGACCUGGACACAGCCUUACCGUUGCCGGAGGAAGAGGAGGAGGAUCUCUCCGAGUACAAAUUUGCCAAAUUUGCUGCCACGUACUUCCAGGGCACAACCACACAUACGUAUAUCCGGCGUCCUCUCAAACAACCGCUCCUGUACCAUGAGGAUGAAGGAGACCAGCUGGCAGCCCUUGCUGUGUGGAUCACGAUUCUUCGCUUCAUGGGAGAUCUUCCUGAACCUAAAUACCACACGGCGAUGAGUGACGGCAGCGAGAAGAUUCCGGUGAUGACCAAAAUUUACGAGACCCUCGGGAAGAAGACAUACAAGAAGGAGCUCCAAGCCCUGCAGGGUGAAGGAGAGAGCGCUCACCUAGACAGCCACAAGAAGAACAGCGUGCGGCACAAACUGGUGUCUCUGACGCUCAAGAAGAAAUCCAAGUUAACCGAAGAGAUGCUAAGUACCACCAGACCUCCGAUGGGCUAG